AUGACAAGUAUUUGUGUUGUUUUAUUGAUAUAUAAACGUGAUCAAAUACAUUUUGAACAUUUAUCAAAAGGCUUUCAAGUACAUGGAACAAAAUCAUCCGAUGAAUAUCGAAAAUUCAUUGCACUUAUACGUGAAACUCAAACAACACAUUUAUUUCCACAUUCAAUUCAUAGCAAAACAUUUCCACAAACACCUUAUUCAUCAUUUAAUCCACAUAUCAAUCCAUGUUCAAAAAGAUUUUAUUUAUCUACAUGUCCUAUAUUACAUUAUACAGAAUUAACAUUUUAUUUUAAUACUAAAUCAACGACAUUAUUUAAUGAUAUAGAUAGUUUUAAAUCAGUUUGUAGACUUGAAUGGAGAUUACGUAUGAAAUUUACAAAUUAUUCAUUAUCAAUAAAUAAAUCAUAUUGUGAAUUUAUAGGACCAGUUGGUCUUCUCUUUAAUGGACAUUUUAUUUCAUUGAAACAAUGUGAAAAUCUCACAUUAAAUCAAUUAGAAGAUUAUCAUUCUCAAUGGUUAUCAUGUAAUUCAUCAUUAUGUUCAAAUAAUCAACUUCAUCAUUAUCUUAAACAUCUUCAUUCAUCUUCAAUAUUUAAAAUCUAUAUAAAUAUUGAAAAUAAUUUAAAUAAAAGAGAAAAUCUUGUUUAUUUAUAUAAUAGUCUUUAUAAUAAACAAUAUGAAAAAAAAUUUUAUUUAAUUAAUAUAAAUUUUGAUUCUAAUGAUGAACAAUUUAUAUUUAAUUAUCUUCUUAAAAUAAAUUUACCAUUAUUAUGUUUAACUAUAUGUCUUUAUAUAUUAUGUCUUUUAUUAUUUAUCAAAAAUAUUUUCUUUAUUUUAAUUAUUAUUCUACAUAUAUUUAUAACAAUACUAUUUAGUUGUAUUAUUUAUGUUUAUGUAUUUCAUUUUCCAAUAGCUAUAUUUAAUUAUACAAGUAUAACAUUAUAUUUAUUUAUUAUACUUAUUGAUUCAUUUCUUUGGUAUACAUGUUGGUUUGUUAAUAAUCAUCGACGAGAUGAUUGUACAAUAAAUCGUAUUAUUGAAAAUUUAUUAACACAAACAUUUUAUUAUUUAGUACCAAAAAAUUUAACAGCUAUUAUUGUACUUGUUAUAACAUAUACAAAUCAAAUAAUAGUCUUACAAUGUUUUACAGUUUUUUCAUUUUUACUUAUAUCAAUAUCUUUUUUUAUUUCAUUUACACUUUAUCCUGUUUCAUUAGUUUUCAUUCUUCGACAUCAAUCAUCUAUUCCAACAAUAGAACAUUGUUUACAUCGUCUUUUAAAAAGAAUAACAAAUCAUUGUUUUAUUGAUCGUACUAUACCUUAUCUUAUUGUACGAUUAAGAGCUUUUUGGUUAACUUUAUUAACUAUUAUAUCUUGUAUUGCUUUUUUUAUUAUAUUUCAAUGGCCAAAAUUACAAUUUAAUGCAUGUCGAAUAACAUUUGAUGCUUUACCAUUUCAUAUGUUAAAUGAAAAAUCUAUGACAACAAUAAAAACUUUAGAUAUUGAUAUAACAUAUUAUAUUGGUUCUCAUUGGGAAGUACCAUAUGAAUCAAUUAUACCUGCUAAAGAUAUUCCUGUACUUGAUUAUAAUUUAGAAAAUAAAAUGACAUCAAAAUCUGGUACAAUUCAUACAUUUGAAUAUGCUUUAGAAAAUAAUUUAAUAUCAUUAAUUGAUUUUUGUUCUAAAUUAAAAUUAUUACAACAAAAACAAUCUAUUGAAUAUAUGACAAAUGAAAGAAAAUUAUCUCUUCAUCAAGAUCCAAAUUCACAAAUAUUAAAUAAUCAUUCAUUUUAUGUACCAUCAAUAACAUCGGUUGAAAAUAAACUAAAUAAUACUUCAUUAACAAUAAAUAAUGUUCAUUGUUUCGGUGAUUUAUCUUCAUCAUAUUCAAUUAAUUUAUUAUCAAAUACAAAAUUUUCUUCAAUAAUUACACAUUAUCAAAAUCAAUCAAUUAAUUGUAGUUAUAUAUGUUAUUCAAAUAAAACAACAUUUAAUUCAUAUGAAUGUAUUCUAUGUCUUAAUUCAUUAUAUUAUAAUUCAUAUAAAUAUAAUGAUUUAGUUUUAAUUAAAAAUGGUCUUCGUUUUAUAAGUGAUGCACAAAAUCCUCGAUAUUUAUUACAAACAAUAAAUUAUCAAUGGAAUAUAUUAAGUAAUAUAAAUAAUAUUGAUGAAUGGAAAUUAUUAUAUGAUAAUUUAAAAACAAAUUUUAUUCAUAAAUUUUAUUCAAAAACAUUUUUACAUAUGUCAUUUUGGUGGUCAAGUGAAUUAUUUUCAACAUAUACAAUUAUGGAACAAUUACAACAAGAAAAAUAUAUUUUAAUAGGAAUUAAAUUUAUAAUUAUAUUAAUAUUUUUAUUAUUAUUUACAGGUAUUCUUGGAUUAUUUGUUACAUUAACAACAUUACUUAAUUUUAUUACAUGUAUUGGAAUAUUAACAUUAUUUAAUUAUAAAUUAACUGUAGAAAAUAUGUCUUAUUUUACUGUAGUACUUAUUAUUUGUUCACAAUAUUCUGUACUUUAUUCAAUUAGCUAUAAAUUAGCACCAACAUUUUUCUUUCAACGUGAAAAUCGAACAAUAUAUUCUCUUAAACAAUUAUGUACAACAUUAUUUCAUUUAACAUUUUCAAUAAUUAUUAUAUGUAGUCCAUGUUUAUUUUCAUCAUUACCUUAUCUAUCAAAAUCUGCAAUGAUAUUUAUAAUAUCAACAUUAAUUAGUCUUAUUUAUUCAACACUUUUUCUUCAAUCACUUCUUUAUUAUAUAGGUCCAGCUGGUCAUACAUGUUGUUUCAUUCCAUGUCAUUUAAAAUUAAUGUGUAAUUCAACAUUACAAAUUACUAAUAGUAAUGAUUUAUCAUUAAGAAAUCGAUCAAAUAAUACACGACGACAUCAACGUAUGUCAACAUCAUCACAUGCAGCAUCAUCUUAUUUUUCACAAAUAUUUACUGGUUCAACUUAUUUUGAAAGUGAAUAUAGUGGAAUAAAUGAUACAUUAACUAUUGGUUCAAGACGACGUGAAAGUUCACGAAGUUAUCAAUUAUCACAUUUAAUUAAACGUAAUUCAAUUAUAACAGGUGAACUUAUUGAAUUAUAUACACCACGUGCUAGUCUUGCACCAUACGGAGGACAUCAUCGGCGAUAUUCACGACAUUCAUCUGUACCACGUGGUGUACCAACAACAGGACUUGCACGACCACUUUAUGUUUCACCAUCAAUAUCACCUUAUUCACAAUUAAGUAUUCAUUCACAAUUUCCUAGUCGACAACGUUCACCAUCAUCACAUAUAUGUCGACCAUCACGUUCACCAUCACCACAUUCAUCUACACGACAAUCAUCAGCAAUAUGUUCACUUCGUCCAUGUUAUUCAGCACCUCGUCUUCAUGCAUCGUGUCAUCGUUUACAAACAAGUAAUAUAAGACAAAGUGAUAUACUUAUUGAAGAAACUCCUGCAUUAACUUCUGUUGAACUUAAAAACAAACCUUCUAUACGAAUUCAACGGCAAGAUGCUGUUUCAUCAAUAGAUGAUUAUGAACAAAUAUCAAUUCCCCCACAUCAACAAUUAUCAGCAGCAGCAAAACGAAAUAUGUUAAAAGCAACAACAAUGGAAUCAGGUGGUGGAGUUUGGCUUAAAAGAUCAAGCAGUAGUUAA